AUGGCCCCAACUGACCUAAAAUGGAGUUUGUCUCAGGCCAAGACUCUUGCCUACUCUUUGAUGGUCUUCCUGAGUCUGCACACAGUCACAGGAAUGUCCGGAUGGGAUGGAUGUUUGGAUGGUCAGGAUGUAUUUGCAACAGUCAGAGAAAACAGCCUUUCAGGAGAAAUUGUUGCUGAACUCAUGACCGACACCACAAUGGAGGGGGUUCAUUGGAGCCUGAAUGGGAAAGAUGCGGAUUGGUUCUGGUUGGAUGGAAGAAACAUCCGGCUCAACACAUCAGCUGAGAAGGUCCUCGACCGAGAGGUGCAGGGUCCCGUCCUGAUGGCUGAGCUAUCAUGUCAAGAGGACGACAGUCUGCAGAGUGUGUACAGGAUCAUGGUGGAGAUUCUCAAUGAGAAUGAUAAUUCACCUGUGUUUGCAGAAGACACUGUCCAGUCUCUUAUUAUGAGUGAGCUGAUUCCAGUGAAUACACUCGUCUUUACUGUCCAGGCAACAGAUGCAGAUAACGACAAGAUCAUUUACUCAAUUGACCAGUCAACAUCUGAUGCAGAGUACUUCAAAAUCGAUCUUCCAAACAGUGGAGAGGUGAUCCUGUCCAAGCCUCUAGACUAUGAGACCAAAACUCAGCUCACUAUCACCAUUCAUGCCUCAGAAAUGAGCACAGCUGAGCGUUUCAACACCAGCACCACCAUCACCAUCACCAUCCUGGAUGGAGAUGACCAGUACCCACAGUUCCUGCCCUGCACACUACUCUUUCAGGAUGACACCAGUCGUGUCUGCACCAGCCCCGUAUACACAGUCAAUGUCACAGAGGGGCAAGAGGACAUUGUUUUGGACUUCUCUCCUGGCCCCAUUCAUGCAAUAGAUGGAGACAGAGGACUCAACUCCCCAGUCAGCUAUGCCAUCAUCUCAGGGAACGAUGAUGGGCGUUUCUUGAUGGACAGAGAGACAGGAGAAGUGAGACUGACUCAGGCGGUGAAGGACAGACUAACAACUCCAACGUCACAUCUUCAGGUCAUGGCAUACCAAGACAAUGACCCCAGGAAGUACUCUGUUGCUACAGUGUUGGUCCAUGUUGUGGCAGUGAACCAGUUUUACCCAAAGUUUGACAUGGCUGCAUACAACGGCUUUGUAAGUGCAGGAAAGAGUACCAUCUCCCUAGUCAUAACCUACGGCAGCAAAGCACUGAUGUUACAUGUACAGGACCAGGACUUCAAGGAUGGCUUCAAUCCCAUGAUCCACUUCACUUUCAGCCCCACAUCCAAUCACACAGACAUCUACCAGGUCACACAGGAGGGGCUUCUGAUUGCCAUGACCAAUGAGCUCAAACCAGAACAGAAACACUUUCUUGAGAUCAUGGCUAUAGACAAAGAGUCGGGCGAUGCCACCUUUACUACUGUGGUGGUGGAGGUGUUAUCUGAAGGACAAUCAAUCCCUAUGAGUCCGCUGGGAGAUGAACAUCUGAUAAGCUGCACUGUGGGGAAAGCGUUGUUCCUGAGCAUGGUGUUCAUGACUAUACUUGGAUGUAUCCUGUGUCUGAUAAUGUGGCUGAAGAAGAGACACAAAGGGCAUAAGGGCCCACUGGAGAGAGGCUGUGUGGCCCAGGGCAAACACCCCAAUGUGGUGAGAUGA